AUACACGCCCAUACACUGGUAUACGUGCACAUUUUGUUGGGGAAAACUAGAUGCUCAUAAUAAUUUACUCGAAUGUGAGGUCGUUUCGUCGCACCAUAAAAAUAAGAUGAAAUGAUUAAUGUCCAGUUUACACGCUGACGCAUGGCGAUAAGUUUUAAUCAACUUCAUUAAUUAAUACAUAUAUGUAUAUGCAUGUAUGUUCGAUACAUGAACAAAUUGGUAUAGAAAUUAUGGAGAAUAUUACUUCAAUUUUGGAUUUGAUGAGAUUGACACGCCAACAGUGCAUGCGGAAAAGUAAUUUACCUGAAUGCAUAGAAACGGAUGCCGAUGGCGCAGACGCAGAUGGCGUUGAUGCUGGAACACAUGCGUGGAAGGAAAAAACCGUGUCUUUCAGGGAUAUAGCAGCAACUGUAAUUUCUAUAUUAAUGCGAGUCAUCACAGUGCUUCUCAAUAUUAAAUUGGCUGUGGAAUAUCAUCAACAAGGAGAGCAUAGCUAUUUCGUUUGGACAGUGGUUUGCAUGAUAGUACCGAUGUGUGUUACUGCUUUAAUAUACGCACAGAUGUGUCAUGAGGAUAACAAAUUUAAUGGCGACUUCUGGGAAGUGUUGCAAACAACUAUGCUAGUUUUAUUCUCCUCACUUUUUCUAAGGUAUUGGAACUCUCUUAUUUAUUCCAUAAAAUGUAAACGUUCUGAAUUGAAAGGGAAUAAAAACGAGCAAUUACAGUAUUACAAAUUAACUACCAAAGAGGAAAGCGAUGUUGCGUUGAUUCGUUUAUUUGAAUGCUUCAUGGAAACAGCUCCACAGAAAAUACUCCUAAUGUCUAUAAUAUUAACACAGAGUAAUCAAAUAACAGGUACGUACAUAU